AUGCCCAGUGCAGUACAGAGUCCAGAGCAGCUCCGCCAGCGCAGUGCAGAGUUGCAGGAGAGACGGCAGCAGCUGCUGAGGAGGGCCACCACCAACAGCCACCGGAUUUGGCUGCAGAGAGUGGUAGACCUGCCAGAGGCUGAGCAGCUGCUCCAGGACUGGACUCGAGAAUUGGAGGGCUUCGAGGACUUCAUCCAGAGGCACAUCACCGAGGACUCUGACUCUGACUCGGACGAAGACAUCCUCGAACGAAUGCCUCCAGCUGUGGGAGACCAACAGCACACUGACCAGCAGGAGUCUCCUACCGGAGGGGAAUGGGGAGCAGGGCAGCAGCUGUCUCCUCCAAGGCAGAUCUCCAUCCAGAGGCACACUGUCGAGAACUCUGAUCCUGAUGAAGACUUCCUCGAAGCAAAGCCCCCAGCUGUGGGAGGACAGCAGCAAAGUGACCAGCAGGAGGCUCCUGCCAGAGGGGGAGGAGGGGCAGGGGGGCGGCAGUCUUCCCAAAGGAGGCUAGCCGUCAGGAAGAGGACUGCCAUCAGCAAUCGCUUCGAGAGGAGGGUGGCCAAGAGGCGUUGCAGUGCAGAACCCUCCAAAGGUGAAGAGUCGGAGAGGAAGGCCAUCUGCCCAGGCGGCAGCACUGGGAGGAGUUCCGCGCGCACUGGACUGACGCCGACAGCAUUGGGCUGUGGGGAGGAGCCGUGGGGCCACCUGACCAGCGAGUGCCGCAGUGGCGACUGCCCAUUCGUGGAGGUCAGCCUGCCCAGUGACGAAGACGAAACCGUUGGGUCCGUCGUCAGCAGCUGGCGCAGGUGGGGCCACCUGGCGAGUGAGUGCCCGGGCGGCGACUGCGGUUGCGUCCCCGUCAUGCAGCCCGACGAGGGAGCAGCCAACGAGUCUGAGCACUUCCUGGUCUACAGCCAACCGACAAGGACUCGGGGUCGUGGGAAGAGUACAAGCGGUUACUGCAGGAGCGCAGCCUGGUGGUUGCACCUCGAGCGGCAGGCGCUGCUGCAGUCGGCCAACGCCUACAGCGCGGGUAGAAGCGCCACACGCUACCAGCACAAGCUCGAGAACAACCCGGGCUUCUUCAGUAGCCAGCCGCCUGCAGAGGUGCCUGCAGUAGCCACCGCUGCCCAUGCGCCUGCAUCUGGGGCUGCUCUCAAGCCUGAGACGGCGGCGGAGACGGCGGCGGAGACGGCGGCGGAGACGGCGGCGGAGACGGCGGCGGAGACGGCGGCGGAGACGGCGGCGGAGACGGCGGCGGAGACGGCGGCGGAGACGGCGGCGGAGACGGCGGCGGAGACGGCGGCGGAGACGGCGGCGGAGACGGCGGCGGAGACGGCGGCGGAGACGGCGGCGGAGACGGCGGCGGAGACGGCGGCGGAGACGGCGGCGGAGACGGCGGCGGAGACGGCGGCGGAGACGGCGGCGGAGACGGCGGCGGAGACGGCGGCGGAGACGGCGGCGGAGACGGCGGCGGAGACGGCGGCGGAGACGGCGGCGGAGACGGCGGCGGAGACGGCGGCGGAGACGGCGGCGGAGACGGCGGCGGAGACGGCGGCGGAGACGGCGGCGGAGACGGCGGCGGAGACGGCGGCGGAGACGGCGGCGGAGACGGCGGCGGAGACGGCGGCGGAGACGGCGGCGGAGACGGCGGCGGAGACGGCGGCGGAGACGGCGGCGGAGACGGCGGCGGAGACGGCGGCGGAGACGGCGGCGGAGACGGCGGCGGAGACGGCGGCGGAGACGGCGGCGGAGACGGCGGCGGAGACGGCGGCGGAGACGGCGGCGGAGACGGCGGCGGAGACGGCGGCGGAGACGGCGGCGGAGACGGCGGCGGAGACGGCGGCGGAGACGGCGGCGGAGACGGCGGCGGAGACGGCGGCGGAGACGGCGGCGGAGACGGCGGCGGAGACGGCGGCGGAGACGGCGGCGGAGACGGCGGCGGAGACGGCGGCGGAGACGGCGGCGGAGACGGCGGCGGAGACGGCGGCGGAGACGGCGGCGGAGACGGCGGCGGAGACGGCGGCGGAGACGGCGGCGGAGACGGCGGCGGAGACGGCGGCGGAGACGGCGGCGGAGACGGCGGCGGAGACGGCGGCGGAGACGGCGGCGGAGACGGCGGCGGAGACGGCGGCGGAGACGGCGGCGGAGACGGCGGCGGAGACGGCGGCGGAGACGGCGGCGGAGACGGCGGCGGAGACGGCGGCGGAGACGGCGGCGGAGACGGCGGCGGAGACGGCGGCGGAGACGGCGGCGGAGACGGCGGCGGAGACGGCGGCGGAGACGGCGGCGGAGACGGCGGCGGAGACGGCGGCGGAGACGGCGGCGGAGACGGCGGCGGAGACGGCGGCGGAGACGGCGGCGGAGACGGCGGCGGAGACGGCGGCGGAGACGGCGGCGGAGACGGCGGCGGAGACGGCGGCGGAGACGGCGGCGGAGACGGCGGCGGAGACGGCGGCGGAGACGGCGGCGGAGACGGCGGCGGAGACGGCGGCGGAGACGGCGGCGGAGACGGCGGCGGAGACGGCGGCGGAGACGGCGGCGGAGACGGCGGCGGAGACGGCGGCGGAGACGGCGGCGGAGACGGCGGCGGAGACGGCGGCGGAGACGGCGGCGGAGACGGCGGCGGAGACGGCGGCGGAGACGGCGGCGGAGACGGCGGCGGAGACGGCGGCGGAGACGGCGGCGGAGACGGCGGCGGAGACGGCGGCGGAGACGGCGGCGGAGACGGCGGCGGAGACGGCGGCGGAGACGGCGGCGGAGACGGCGGCGGAGACGGCGGCGGAGACGGCGGCGGAGACGGCGGCGGAGACGGCGGCGGAGACGGCGGCGGAGACGGCGGCGGAGACGGCGGCGGAGACGGCGGCGGAGACGGCGGCGGAGACGGCGGCGGAGACGGCGGCGGAGACGGCGGCGGAGACGGCGGCGGAGACGGCGGCGGAGACGGCGGCGGAGACGGCGGCGGAGACGGCGGCGGAGACGGCGGCGGAGACGGCGGCGGAGACGGCGGCGGAGACGGCGGCGGAGACGGCGGCGGAGACGGCGGCGGAGACGGCGGCGGAGACGGCGGCGGAGACGGCGGCGGAGACGGCGGCGGAGACGGCGGCGGAGACGGCGGCGGAGACGGCGGCGGAGACGGCGGCGGAGACGGCGGCGGAGACGGCGGCGGAGACGGCGGCGGAGACGGCGGCGGAGACGGCGGCGGAGACGGCGGCGGAGACGGCGGCGGAGACGGCGGCGGAGACGGCGGCGGAGACGGCGGCGGAGACGGCGGCGGAGACGGCGGCGGAGACGGCGGCGGAGACGGCGGCGGAGACGGCGGCGGAGACGGCGGCGGAGACGGCGGCGGAGACGGCGGCGGAGACGGCGGCGGAGACGGCGGCGGAGACGGCGGCGGAGACGGCGGCGGAGACGGCGGCGGAGACGGCGGCGGAGACGGCGGCGGAGACGGCGGCGGAGACGGCGGCGGAGACGGCGGCGGAGACGGCGGCGGAGACGGCGGCGGAGACGGCGGCGGAGACGGCGGCGGAGACGGCGGCGGAGACGGCGGCGGAGACGGCGGCGGAGACGAGAACCAACUAG